AUUUGUUUUAACUAGGGUAACAAUAAUCUAGGAAUUACGUAGUAUUAUUAACCCAACCUUAUUUUGGUAAAUAUUUAUUUAAUUAGCAUUCAUUUAGAAAAAUGGCCAGUUUCUAUUUGCCAUUCAGUUUCCAUUGAGGGCGAUGUCGAGUUUUGAGGCGGAACUUCUGGCCAUGGUUACAGCAAUACGCUGGACAAUCGAUGCAGGAUUUGUUGAUUUCCAGGUAGAAAUUGAUGCGGCGGAGGUGCUUGAAUACGUUUUUGGCAAGCGGACUGGGAGAUGGACAAGUUCUAUUUCUUCGCUGAUGGAAAUGGCAAAUCGAGCUAGGCUUUCCUACGGACAUGUUUUGAGGGAGGGUAAUUGGCCAACCCAUCUUUUAGUUGAUACCGGUGUAGCCCAUUUUAAAUUUUUUCCUACUUUGAUUUCUCCUCCUCCCAUUGUUAAAAGUGCAUACUAUUUAGAUUUAUUUAAUUUUCCUUCAUUUAGAUGUUUGAUGUAAUUUUUAUUAAGAGGUUUUGGUCUUGUCCCCCUCUUAUUUUGUAAUAAUGCUUUAUCCUAAUUAAUAAAACUUGUCAAAUGUUCCCCCAGCAUUUGCCCCACUGAUUUCGGUGGUUUGCCUUUUGGGGUAAA